UCUGCCUCCCGAGUGCUGGGACUAAAGGCGUGCACCACCCCUGGCCGGCUUACCAUUUUAUUUUUAUGAUGAGGCCAUUGGGAGGACUAACCUAGAUUACAGGCUCUAAUACAUUUCUGUGGUAAAAAUGAGACCAUUUAACACUUAUGCCUUAGAAGCACUCCAUAAAGAAGGACCAUGUUCGAAGUGGGUGUAAACUGUCAAAAUUCAUUAGGUACAUACACAAGGGAUGAGCAAAAGCAGAACAUCCAAAUACUAUUCUCCUGAAUGAAAGGGAUAAAGCAGUCAUGGAUAAAAGAGAACUAAGCACCAGUAAGUAUGACCACUAUUAGGAUGAGGAAAGAGGCAGGACAACAGAGAAUUCUUAAUUGUUCAGAGAACCCUGAGAAGCUCUGACCCCUCCCCCACAACCCUGCCAGAAUGUUGGGCCCAAAAGAAUAAGCAAGAUAACAGAUGUCAUGUCCACGGCCUGGAGAGAAUGAAAGAUGAUCUGACUUACAGAACUGGCUGAGUCAUUGCAGACUACAGGGCUCGCCUCCAUGAACAUCAAGGAACUUAAGCAACACUGAAGGAAUCCCUGCACUGUCCAUAACCACCGAGGCCCAGGAGAGAAGGAAGAACAGAGAGAGACAGCCUGAAGACUGUAAGAAUCAAGAUGGACAGCAGCCCACAAGGGACAAGCACAGAUCUGGGUUUCUGAGUCGGGGGAAAAACCUAUCAGGGAGGAGUGCCGCUGAUGGACAUAGAUCCUACAUAACGGUUUCUUUGGGCCAUGUCAGUGGCGGCAUCAGUGAAAGGGAUUACCUCCAUUCUGUCUUCUCUACAGAUAACCAAAGUGGCCUUAAAGGAAGCUAAGAUAACAUCUCACAUUUGGGCUGCCCAGCAGUUGAACUUGGGUCUGAGACUAGUGCCAGGACACCCAUCUGUCAAAAUAGGGAUCUUGGUACUAUUAAUUUUUCUCCCAAGUACAUUCUGUGACAUAGGACCUGUAUAUUACUCUUCUUAUGAAACGGUCAUCCCCAAGAGACUGCCAGUCGAGGGGAGUGAAGAUCCUGGAGGAAGGGUGUCCUACAUGCUGUUGAUACAGGGCCAGCAGCAGCUGCUUCACCUAAAGGUAAAGGGAGACUACUCUGUGAAUAACUUCCCAGUCUACAGUUACCACAAUGGCAUCCUGGAGCAAGAAAUGCCUCUCCUCUCUCAGGACUGCCACUAUGAAGGCUACAUGGAAGGGGUACCAGGCUCUUUUGUUUCUGUCAACAUCUGUUCCGGCCUCAGGGGCAUCCUGAUUAAGGAGGACACAUCCUACAGCAUCGAGCCUAUUCUCUCUUCCAAAGGGUUUGAACACAUUCUGUACACCGUGGGCCUUCAGCCUCAAGCCUCCUGCAGCGUCACUCCCAAAGGCAGUUCAGGGGACACCAGCCAGCAACAAAGGAACGGGAAGCCCGAUGACCCAUGGGAACUGUCUGAUUUGAGGUCACACACCAAGUAUGUGGAGAUGUUUGUCGUGGUCAACCACCAGCGCUUUCAGAUGUGGGGCAGCAGUGUCAACGAGACGGUCGGGGCAGUAGUGGACAUCAUUGCUCUGACCAACAGCUUCACUAGGGGACUAAACACAGAGGUGGUGCUGGUGGGGAUGGAAAUCUGGACAGAGGGGGACCCGAUCGAGGCCCCGGUGGAUCUGCAGGCUACCCUGAGGGAUUUCAACCGCUGGAGACAGGAGAAGCUCGUGGGCCGGCUCAGGCACGAUGUUGCACACUUGAUCGUCGGGCAUCACCCAGGAGAGAACGAGGGCCAGGCGUUUCUCCAUGGUGCCUGUUCAGGCGGGUUUGCAGCAGCUGUGGAGGCCUUCCCUCAUGAAGAUGUCCUGCUGUUUGCGGCGCUUAUGGCCCAUGAGCUGGGGCACAACCUGGGUAUCCAGCACGACCACCAGGCCUGCAUCUGUGACCAUAAGCACUUCUGCCUCAUGCACGAGAAUAUCACCAAGGGCAGUGGCUUCAGCAACUGCAGCUCUGAUGAUUUCUACCGUUUCCUCCAUGACCACAGAGGGGCCUGCCUGCUCGACAGGCCUUGGCACCAAAGCCGUAAGCGCAGAGCGACCCGUUGUGGAAAUGGUGUG